AUAUUAGGCAGGUGGUUUUAAUGUUCAGGUUAAUGGGUGUAAAGAACAAGUUUGAAGCUCCUACAGAUGUCAUUAAACCCUCAGCCAUAUGGUCACUACUGUUAUCGCCAAUAUUUUAGCUGAAGUUUAAAAAAGUUUGAAGAAACUUGAAGGUAGAUGGGAGACCGCAGCUUGCCAGAUUGUGAGGAUAGCAAUUCUAUGCUUACGUCAAACAGUACACAUUUCAGUAUGGUUAGUGUGAGAUGAGAAAUGAAAUAUGCCUCCUAUAAUUUGGAUAUGAGUUUAUUCUACAAACCAGUAACAUCUGUGAUUGACUGAUGGGUUGGACCCCCCUGGCAUAUAGGCUAUAUAUUGCUGUUGCUGGAGAAAAAAGAGCAACCUUCCCAAAUGCCAGUCAAUGCCCGUAGACAAGGCACAGUUACAUUACAAUAUGCUCACUCAUUCUUCGACGCAGCGUGGCUGAGAAGGAACAUUAACUUACAUCGUCUUACUAUCUAGUACUCAAGGCUAAGCACUGCCGAAGCAAUUUGCUGACUGAACAAAGCAGAGGUCUUAUAUUCUGUUUAGUCUGUAAAUGGUCUCUUCAAGGCGGAAUGUUUUGUGUGUGCUCUUGGAGGUAUGUGUCAUUCACAAACCUGCAUUCAUACUCACCAAGGUGACUUGUGGACAAAGACAUUGUAACAGAAUUAACGUAAGCAAGUAUGUUCAUUGUCAAUUAUUUAGGUAGACCUGGUGGGGGAGAGCCAGUCCAUGGCAGGGCAAACACACAAAAUCACACACUAUGGGCAAUUUAGAGUCACUAAUUAAUAACAACUCCAAAAGUAAACUCCCACAGCAGGGAAAGAUCAUGGAAAUCUCACAAAAACACAGUAGUAUCCCACAGAUAUCCCACAGCUUAUAAUCCCACAGAUGUAGGGCAACAGUAUUAUCCACUGACUCGCCAUAACACCCAUAACACCACACACUUAAAAGUAAGCUAUAAAAAAGGGAGAAAACAGAGAGAGAAAUAAAUAAAUAAAUGAAAUAAAUAAAUAAAAUAAUGAAAUAAAUAAGUAAAGCAAGCAAGCAGGUCUUGACGUUGCUAAGAAACGCCGGGGUCCACCCCUUCCUUUUCAGGAACUUUAAUUUAAGCACCCGACGCCAUGUUCUCCUGAAAAAAGGAAAGUGUCCCUUGGGGAAAAACAUACGUAUUCAAUGCCCUGGAUGUCACACAGUGCAUGUCGCUACUCUUACAACAGUGGGUGAAAAUAUCUUCAUAUAAUGUAUAUCAAAUUUUGCCGGAAUUAUUUGAUUGGGGAGGAAAAGGAAAAAGGACCAGAUGAAUCAAAGGAAUAUGAAGAGGUUCAGAGAGGGAUUCGUAUUUACCGAACGAUGUCCAUCAUCCUGUUCGUCCUCACCGUGAUCCUUGCUGCCGCUGUCAUCGCCCUGUGUGCCAGCAGUCAGAUAAGAAGCACUUGCUUGAAUGAAGAGAAUCAAGAGAAGGACCCAUCUGACGUCUGCAGUGUGCAGCUUUGCAAUGAGUUAUAUCCAGCACUUGUCCCACAAAAAAAAGACACUGGAUGCCACCGCUGUGGUCAAGGUUGGCUACAGUUUGAGAACUGGUGCUUUUUGCUGUCUGAUGUGCGAGAGACCUGGAGCCGCAGCAGGGAGCAGUGCAGGAAAUGGGGCGCCGAUCUGGCCGUCAUCGACAACCAGCAAGUGCAGGCAUUUCUUACUGAGAAGGGAAGCCUGGUAUAUUGGAUUGGGCUAAGCCGGUCGACAGGCGGAGAAUGGACCUGGAUAAACCAGACCGUGCUUGCAGACAGUUACUGGGCCCCCGGAGCAGACGGGGAGAAUUGCGGGUGCCUGAUGGGGAAGCAGUCACCCGGAAGUAACUGGGGAUCCGCGCCGUGUAUGUAUUACACUGCCUACAUCUGCCAGAAGAUGGUGUGAGGCCGGUCUGUAAUUGACCUUUUCCCUCUCUCUGAAUUACUUUGCAGCUUUUAGCAAGAUGACUAAAGAAACUUUUAUCAGUUUAGCGUAAUGCUACAAUCAUAUUAGUGUUUCAGAUGUGUCCAUUUCCAGCUCAAGCUACUACUGCAACAUAUAUGUGCAAUUAUGUAUUUUAACUUGCUUGUGAUUUUUUAUAUUUCACUCAAGACCAGGAUUUGCCGAUGUUGCACUACAGUAGAUGCUGCAGGAAAGGUUCAGCCACAGUAUCUCCUACUACACUGUGUGUUGAACUUUGCACUUUUAUUGUACGUUAAAGUAAAACCAUGUUGACUAACACACUGCUUGUAUUUUUGCACUAAGAUCACAAUACUGUUUACUCUGAGUGAUUUGCUGUAACUUUUGUACCAUUCCCAAAAUGACAUUAAACAGUUGUUCAUAUAUUCAUAA